GACAUCUGACACAUUCAAGCUGCACUCCGUCUCCCACCACUCACAACUCCAGGUGCUUUCACUCUCAGGUGCAGCAGUUUCACUCUACAACCAUGACCGCCAAGGACGUGACUCUGCUGUGGGGCUCCGGCUCUCCUCCCUGCUGGAGGGUCAUGAUCGCUCUGGAGGAGAAGAACCUGCAGGGCUACAACCAGAAACUGCUCUCCUUUGAGAAAAUGGGGCACAAGUCAGCUGAAGUCCUGGCCAUGAAUCCCAGGGGACAGCUGCCUUCCUUCAAAUAUAAAGACUACAUCCUGAAUGAGUCCUACGGUGCCUGCAUAUACCUGGAGAACCAGUUCAAGUCCCAGGGAAACAAGCUGAUCCCUGACUGCCCAGCUGAGCAGGCACGGAUGUUCCAGCGCAUGUUUGAGGGUCAAGCGUUGAGCCAGAAAUCGGGGGAGGUCAUCUACUACACCUGGAAGGUGCCGGAAGACGAGAGACACGACUCUGCCAUUAAGAGAAACAAAGAGGCUCUGACAGCUGAGAUCAAGCUGUGGGAGGGAUACCUGCAGAAUGUCUGUUUCCUGGCAGGAAAGACCUUUUCACUUGCUGAUGUGAUUGUUUUCCCAAGCAUCGCUUAUCUCUACCGUUUUGGGUUAUGUGAAGAGCGUUACCCUAAACUGGCAGCUUACUAUAACAAACUGAAGGCCAGAACCAGCAUCGCAGCCAGCUGGCCGCCUACCUGGAAGGAGACCCCGGGACAAGACCUACUGAAAGACAUCUGAGAUUCAAACACACAUCGGCUGACACACUGGAACUGUUCCUGUUGUGUAAUAUGUAACCGCUCCUUGCAUUGCACUAAUGCAUUUUUAAGAAAUAUGCAUUUGCUGUCAAUUUCAUACACAAUUUGUUUGUGACUUAAACUGCAGAUUAUUCUUUUUCGUGCUGUAAACAAAAACAAUAAAAAUUAAUUUUCAA